AAUGCCGACGUGUCAGUAAGAUAAUGACAAUAGAUUUUUUCAUAAAACAUGACGUGUUGUCUAAUAUUAUUUAAUAUUAUUAUUAAACAAAAUUACAAUAAAAAUUUACAUUAAAUAAUAUUAUUUAAUAAUAAAAAAUUUAUCAGUUAUCACUGAUAAUGUAAAAUCAUAAAAAAUUAAUUAUUAUAUUAAAUAUUAUAUAAAUAUAUUAAAUAAUAUAUAAAUUAAAAUUUUAUAUAAAAUAUAGGAUUUAAUUGUAUAAAUAUUAUAUAAUUAUAUAAAUAUAAAUAUAAUUUUUACAUUUAAAGAUUUUAACAUAUUUCAAUUAUUGUUGUUACUAUUAUUAUAAGAUAAAUUAAAUAUUUUUUUAAAUAUUAUAUCAUUAUAUUAUAUUCAAAAUGUCAUGGAUAAGAAAUAACACUUCAAAUUGGUUUCUACGUUUGGCUAUAAAAAUUUUAAAAGCUGGAUAUAUUCCUAAACAUGUAGCAUUUAUAAUGGAUGGUAAUAGACGUUAUGCAAGUAAAAAUGGAAUAGAAAAAAUAGAAGGGCAUACAAAAGGAUUUGAUAAAUUUGCUGAAACUUUACAAUGGUGUAUGGAUUUUGGUAUACAAGAAGUAACAUUUUAUGCAUUUAGUAUUGAAAAUUUUAAAAGAAAACGAGAAGAAGUAAAUGGACUUUUAAAUCUUGCAGAACAAAAAUUCCAAAGAUUAUUAGAUGAAAAAGAUAAAAUAAAAAAACAUGGAUUAUGUGUUCGCAUAAUUGGUAAUUUUUCUCUAUUACCUAAAAAUCUACAAGAAUUAAUAGCAGAAACUAUGAUUAUUACUAAAGAACAUAAAAAAGGAUUUCUUAAUAUUGCAUUUGCAUAUACAUCAAGAGAUGAAAUUACACAUGCUAUUAAAGAUGUAAUUGAAGGUGUCCAAUGUGGUGAUAUUCUUUCUGAAGAUAUUGAUGAAGAACUAGUUUCUAAUUGUUUAUACACUAAUAAUUCAAAAAAUCCUGACUUAUUAAUUCGUACUUCAGGAGAAGUUAGAUUUAGUGAUUUUCUUAUGUGGCAAAUAUCAAAUACAUGUACUUAUUUUAGUAAUGUCUUAUGGCCUGAAUUUAAUCUUUGGGAAUUUCUUAAUGCAAUAUUUUAUUAUCAAAGAUGUUAUUCUGAUAUACAAAAGAUAAUAAAAAUACAAAAUGUAAAACCAAAAAUACAAAAUAGCAGACAAUUGACAUACAUAGACAAAUUGCAUCAUAAAAGACAAAUUGCACUUCAAAGAAUAUGUUUAUCAAAUUUUUAAAUAAUAUAUAAUAUAAAAUAAGUUUAAUUAAAAUUAAUUAUAAAUAUCAAGUAAGAUUAAAGUAUAAUAAUAUAUAUUUAUAUAAACACCA